GAAGGAGAAGAAGAAUCAUCAUUCAUCAUCAUCAUCAUCAUCAAAUCUCAAGCUUGAGAGGAAGAGAGAAAAGAGAGAGAUGGGCAACAGUCUAAGGUGUUGUUUGGCUUGUAUCCUCCCCUUUGGAGCCCUAGAUUUGAUCCGUGUAGUCCACCUGAACGGCUACGUCGAAGAAAUAACCGGCCCCGUCACCGCCGGCGAGGUCCUCAAGAACAACCCUAAUCAUGUCCUCAGCAAGCCUUCCUCUCAGGGAGUUGUCCGGCGUAUUCUAAUACUCUCGCCGGAGUCGGAGCUCAAGCGGGGCAGCAUCUACUUCAUGAUCCCCUCUUCGUCCCUGCCGGAGAAGAAGAAGAAGAAAACCCAAAACAACCCAAAGAUGCCGUCUUCCAAGAAGGGAAGGAGGGAUCAGAACAUCCCAGACUAUGAACGCUACUUAACGGAGAUCACGUCGGAAAAGAAGUCAUCGUGGCGGGAGCGCCGGAGCGGCCGUGUGGGCGUAUGGCGGCCUCAUCUCGACAGCAUUUCCGAAGAUUAAUUAGUAGCCCACCUCCUCUUUUUCCGGUGCCGGAAACUCACUUUCCCGGGGAUGAAAUGAAUGGUUCAACCAUUUUAUCAGUUUGAACUUUAUUAAUAUUCUGAUCGUUUCCGGCUGUGCAUUAUGAAAGGGCAAACACGAGGCGAUGAUCUGUUUGGCCCGACAGAAAAUACAAGAGAAAUUAAGGGAUCGAGACCUACAUGCAUAUUGUAUCUUAAACAUUCUCAAGUUGUAAGUAAAUUUCAUAUAC